GUGUGUUUAACAGAGACUGAAGCACACGGAGAAACGGUGUGUCUAACAGAGACUGAAGCACACGGAGAAACGGUGUGUUUAACAGAGACUGAAGCACACGGAGAAACGGUGUGUUUAACAGAGACUGAAGCACACGGAGAAACAGUGUGUUUAACAGGAAGUGGUGAUUUAGUAAACAUGAGUGUUGUGCUGCUCUCGUUGGUGAAGCAGCGACUCACUGCGGCUGCUGAAGACAUCUUUGUUCUGUUUGAAAGAACGAUAGCAGAGUACGAGGAGGAACUGUCUCGUUCAAAACAGGAGAACGAGAGACACCGGAAACUACUGGACGCUGUUUUACAGCCUCAGCUUCAGAUCCACAGAGCAGACGUCCAGCAGCUGGUGGUGGUUAAAGAAGAGGUUCCCCCUGAGCAGCAGGAGUGGAGCUCCAGUCUGGACCAGGAGGACCCAGAGCCCCCCCCACACAUUAAAGAGGAGCAGGAGGAACUCUGGAGCAGUCAGGAGGGAGAGCAGCUUCAAGGGCUGGAGGAGGCUGAUAUCACCAAGUCCACAUUCACUCCUGUCCCUGUGAAGAGUGAAGAUGAUGAAGAGAAACCUCCGUCCUCUCAGCUUCAUCAAAGACAAACUGAACACAUGGAAACAGAAGCUGAUGGAGAGGACUGUGGAGGACCUGAACCAGCCAGGAACUCAGAUCCAGAGAGACAUUUACAACCUGAGACUGAGGACAACCCUGGAGACUCUUCUGAACCUGACACUGAAAACUCUUCUGAACCUGACACUGAAGACAGGGCUGAUUGGAAGAAGACCAGAGAACCAGUUUGUAAGAUAUCUUUUGCACAGAGAGGAAAUUUAAAGAAACACAUGAGACUCCACACAGGAGAGAAACCAUUCAUCUGCUCAAUUUGUAAGAAAUCUUUUGCACAGAGAGUAUAUUUAAAGAAACACAUGAGAAUCCACACAGGAGAGAGACCAUUCAUCUGCUCAAUUUGUAAGAAAUCUUUUACAGAGAGAGGAGAUUUAAAGAAACACAUGAGAGUCCACACAGGAGAGAAACCAUACAGCUGCUCAAUUUGUAAGAGAUGUUUUGCAGGGAUUGGAGAUUUAAAGAAACACAUGAGAAUCCACACAGGAGAGAAACCAUACAGCUGCAGUGUUUGUGACAAAAGAUUCAACCGGAGUCAUCAUAUCAAAUUCCAUAAGUGUGUUGGUCGUCAGUCCUCACAGCUUCAUCAAACUCAAACUGAGGAGAACAGAGAGGCCGAGCCUCCAGCCAGCAGCUCAGCUGAACACCUGGAAACAGAAGCUGAUGGAGAGGACUGUGGAGGACCAGAACCAGCCAGGAACUCAGAUCCAGAGAGACAUUUACAACCAGAGACUGAGGACAACCCUGGAGACUCUUCUGAACCUGACACUGAAGACGACCCUGGAGACUCUUCUGAACCUGACACUGAAGACAGGGCUGAUUGGAAGGAGACCAGAGAACCAGGUUCAAACUCUCAGAGAAAUAAACAAGACCCUGUCAGUGAUUCAACACGUAGUGCAGGAGAGAAAACAUUUGGCUGCUCUUUGUGUGAGAAAUCUUUUGCACAGAGAGGAGAUUUAAAGAAACACAUGAGAAUCCACACAGGAGAGAAACCAUUCAUCUGCUCAAUUUGUGAGAAAUGUUUUGCACAGAGAGGAGAUUUAAAGAAACACAUGAGAGUCCACACAGGAGAGAAACCAUACAGCUGCUCAAUUUGUAAGAGAUGUUUUGCAGGGAUUGGAGAUUUAAAGAAACACAUGAGAAUCCACACAGGAGAGAAACCAUACAGCUGCAGUGUUUGUGACAAAAGAUUCAACCGGAGUCAUCAUAUCAAAUUCCAUAAGUGUGUUGGUCGUCAGUCCUCACAGCUUCAUCAAACUCAAACUGAGGAGAACAGAGAGGCCGAGCCUCCAGCCAGCAGCUCAGCUGAACACCUGGAAACAGAAGCUGAUGGAGAGGACUGUGGAGGACCAGAACCAGCCAGGAACUCAGAUCCAGAGUGUUAGAGCCAUUUUCCUUUUGUUAUUAUUGUCUGAAUGUUACGCUUAAUAAUAAUAUCAAUUAGAUUAAACUCUCACUUAUCAGGUAUUUUUGUGAGUCACACUAUGGUUUAAAAUGUAUUAAUUUAAGGCUCACUUAUUUGUUAUGAUAUGUGCGUCAGUCUCACGUGCAUGGGUAUAUGCCUAUAUAUGGUAGGUUGAUGGACACAGCUGAUGGUGAUGGGACGGGGAAGCGGAAAAGUAUUUUGACCGUGUUCUUUAUGUUCUUUUUGAGACGGAUAACUUUAUUUUACUUUGAAGCGAAGGAAUGUGCUCCUGUUUGUAUGUCGUCUGGACCAUUGAAUAAAGCUCAUCUAAUUCAACAACAAUCUCCGCUGAAUUGUUUGGAAACAAAGAGAGGCGCGUCAAAACCCACAACCCCGACAGAGGUGGCUAUUAAAUGUAGACUAGGAUUAAAAGGCCACCACAUUUAGUCAAAAGACUACGCAAGCUGUGGAUUAAACUUCGAGGGACAAGCACAGGAUUCGUGUGGAUUUCAGCUCUGCUUUGGAAACAGCGAGCGGACGUUAAAGGAAUGUUUGGCACAAAAACAGGAUUCACGAAGAACUGUUCUUGGAAAUAUUAAUGACUUUAUUUCAUGUGGAUUAAUUAAAGAAAAAGAAACAAUGGAUCCUGAUAAUCCUCCAGCUGAUGUUGCGGCAGCAGAGGAGAGAUUUCAAACUCUCAGCCAAUCGCGAAGAGGAAAACUUGGAGCAUGCACCCGCAGAAUGAAUGAAAUUAAAGCAUUACUGGUGCGAGGUGGAAAUAUGGAAAAGGUGGAUGAAGCUGUUGCAACGUUCAAGAUGUUACUCAAUGAAUUGAUGGAGUGUCAUGGACUUGUUCAAAGGCUUUUAUCUGAGGAAAUCAGGGAAACUGAGAGAAUGGAUUGGUAUGAACCAAACAUGUCUGCAUUCAUGAAUUUCUUUCAGGAUGUGGAAAUGUGGAAAAGCUCUCAAAAGGAUCCUCAGACACUGAUUGAACCCCAUGAUAGUGUGUCCAAUGCAUCAGCCAGGAGGAGCUCACCUGGUUCAAAAGCAGGAUCAGCAACUUCUUCUGCUUCCUCAACCCACCUCAAAGUGGCCACAGAAAGAGCUGCCCUCCCUGCCCGGGCAGCAGGAUUAAAAGAAAAGCAUGCAUUUGAAAUUGAAAAGGCUCAACUGCAAGCUAGAUCCGAACGAAUGGAAAUGGAAGUGAGCCUAGCUGAAUCUGAUGCAAACAUGAAAGUCCUGGAGCAUUUUGAGACUGGUUCACAAAAUCCAACACGAGCAAAAUAUGAUGGCAUGAAUGACUAUUUAAAAAGCUACAGAGUAAAAUCAGAUAUGUCAAUGGAUGCAGAGCCGUCUCCAAUUACCUUUGCUGAGUUUGGACCUAUUCCCAAAACACCACUUCAAAGGCUUCUAUACCAACAACCCAGACCACCAGAAAAUAUUGGUAAUACAAACCAAAGCCCUCAACACACAGCUAGAGAAGCAGGAAUUACAGGGACAAAUAAUAAUGUAUAAUAACAAUUUCCUGACUGUGAUGCAGAGACAAAAUGACAUUGUUAAUUUACUUGGACUUCAACAAAAACAAACAUCACUGCCCAGCAGGGAAAUCCCAGUUUUUGAUGGCAAUCCCCUGAAUUAUCAAAUAUUUAUGAGGGCAUUUCAACAUGGCAUUGAGGAGAAAACCACCAGUAACCAGGAUCGAUUAUAUUACCUGGAACAAUAUACUUCUGGAUCCUGCAGGGAACUGGUGAGAAGCUGCCUUCAUAUGGAUGCUAACAGUGGCUUUGCUGAAGCUAAGAGACUGCUAAAGGUGCUUUUUGGAGAUGUACUCAAGAUAGCAAACGCAUAUAUGGGGAAAGCUCUUAACUGGAACACUGUAAAGGCAGAGGAUGCCAACUGAGGUCAAACAUCCAAUGAUUCUACUUAAACAUUCUCAUAUUUCCAAGUUGAUACUAAGCCGCAUACAUCAUCAAGUUGGUCACUCAGGUCACAUGCUCUCCAAACUCCUUCAACGUUACUGGCUAUCAGCUGCUAACUCUUCAGCCAGGAGGCAGGUGCAAUACCUUGCUGACCUGUUUUGGAAGCGCUGGACCAGGGAAUACCUUCCUUUGAUGCAAGAACGGCCCAACUGGAAUACUAUCAAAAGAAACUUCACCCCCGGAGACCUGGUCGUCAUCGUUGAGAACGCACCGAGGAACACUUGGCUCCUGGGACGUGUAGUUAAGACCCUUCCUGGUUCAAAAGGACUUGUUAGGAGUGUCCUGGUUCAAACCAAAACUAGUACCAUUGAAAGACCCAUAACUAAGUUGUGUCUGCUCCUGGAGGCAACAGACUGAGCCUACUAAGCCUUAGCCUUUCAGUCACGUGCACCUCUGACUGUUAGACCAAAGGACUAGACUCUUGGUCUCCUACCCCAUUACAGACAAUUAGUACUAGACCUACACACUCAGUACUGGUCUUACAUGGACUUGAAAGUAUACAAUAUACUAUGGACUUGAGUAUACAAAUAUGCUCCGGAUGGAUGUUAUAUGUUUUGUUAAAAUGACUCUGUUGAUAUAUUAUUAUUGGUAAUUGCUAUGUAAUAAGCAAUUAGGGGCUGGUAUGUUAGAGCCAUUUUCCUUAUGUUUUUAUUGUCUCAAUGUUAGGCUUAAUAAUAAUAUAAAUUAGAUUAAACUCUUAAUUAUCAGGUAUUGUUGUGAGUCACACUAUGGUUUAAAAUUUAUUAAUUUAAGGAUCACUUAUUUGUUAUGAUAUGUGCGUCAGUCUCACGUGCAUGGGUAUAUGCCUAUAUAUGGUAGGUUGUUGGACACAGCUGAUGGUGAUGGGACGGGGAAGCGGAAAAGUCUUUUGACCGUGUUCUUUAUGUUCUUUUUGAGACUGAUCAUUUUAUUUUACCAUGAAGCGAAGAAAUGUGUCCUCCUGUUUGUAUGUCGUCUGGACCAUUGAAUAAAGCUCAUCUAAUUCAACAACGAUCUAAGUGUAAUACGUCUUACCUUUGCUGUGUUCUGAUCAAAAGUUCUGUUCA